ACCUAAUAGUAAUUACUACUAAUAUAGGAAAUUAAAGAAGAGAAAGUAGUGAGAGUGAUGAUGAGGGGUCCCUAAAUAAUAAAAAGAUCAAAAGCCAAACAAACUACAGAGUGUUGUGCAAUUAUUCAUACCAUGCCAUGAAUUUCAUCCCAAAGCUAAAUAUAUAGCUAGCUAGCAUUGCAUUCAAAAGUGGACAAAAAAGAUUUUAUAAAAAAUAAUAGCAAAAUAUUAAAGUGGGAUAAGCAAGCUUUUCAUUAAAUAAAUAAAUAUUGGUCCAUAAACUAAAACAGAGAGAGAGAGAAAGAGAGAGAAAUAGAAAAGCAAGCUAAGGUGGUCUGGUUUGAAUUGAAGAAGAUGAUGAUGAGGAAGAGCAUAAGGUGCUGCAUAUCUUGCAUUCUACCAUGCGGAGCCUUGGACGUAAUAAGAAUAGUUCACUCCAAUGGCAGGGUGGAGGAGAUCAGCGGAGCAACCAUCAAAGCCAGCGAAAUCAUGAAGGCACACCCUAAGCACGUGCUCAAGAAGCCAUCUUCACCUUCCGCCGCCGCACCUCUUCCAAACAUCGUCGUCGUCCCUCCCGACGCCCUCCUCCAGCGUGGUAAGAUUUACUUCCUCAUGCCACUCCCCUCCCCUCCUCCCGCCGACAAAAACCAUAACCGCCGCCGCACCUCCUCCACCAAGAAGAAAGCUAGGAAGGAAGAAACCACCGCCACCACCACCACCAACAAUAAUAAUAAUAGCAGCAGCGUGGUUGUGUCUUGUGACCGGUACUUGACGGAAAUAAUGUCGGAGAAGAUUUCGACGCAGCGGGACAGAAGAAGAGGCCGCGUCGCUGUGUGGAGGCCUCACUUGGAGAGCAUUUCGGAGUCCUCAUCGUCAUCGUCACCACCAUCAACAACUCAACUCUAACGACGGUUUCUUCGCCACGUUUUUUCUUUUUCUUCUUGUCUCUCCUCUAUUCAAGUGUGUCUUCCAUGAUAUCCAUAUAUUAUAGGGUUCGUUCAAGGCAUAUAUUAAUUUCCAACCUUCCAAUCUCUUCUUUUUCUUUCUUCCUCUACAAUCUGAAAAGAAAAUAUUUAAGUUCUUCGCUUCUUUUCUUUUCUUUAAGAAAAUAUACAUGCUUAUGUGUACAUAGGAUUAAAUACAAAGGUACGUAUAUAUAUAAAUAAAGAUUUUGUCAUUUAAUUACAUAUGUUGAUGAAUCCUAUAAGUAAUGUUGAAUGCUAUGAAAGUAUUAGCAUGGUUUUGAUUGUGGAGUUAAGCUUGAUGAAGGUAUAUAGAGUAGAAAUAUAACAGCUGAAAAUUCAGGUACAGUCGACUUCACGUGAAGUUAAUACCUGAGAGCUGUUAGAUGAUUUGAUUGAUUUUACUAAAUUUUUAUCUUACGAUUCUCAGGUAUCAACUUAUGAAGUCAACUGCACCUGAAUUUUCACCAUAGAAUAGAUAUCUUCGUAUUGUAGAAGCUCAAUUCUUAUUGAUUGCCUAAUUUUUAGGGUUCAUUAUCAUCUUUGGAGGAUGUGUUAACUACUGUUGAGAUAGUGGGGUUAUAACAUAAUUGAUCCAAUAAGGGUGUUAAUCUUUUUUGGUAAUUUUUUAUAAAGAAAGAUUUUGUGAGGUUUUCAUUUCGUUAUGCUUUAAUUUUUAAAUUUGUUGAUGAAACAUGU